AUGAAAGCGGCAUCUGGCCUGCGGCGCCAGGCCGUAGCAUCUACACACACUACUCGUUCUUUCUCCACUUCUACACUGUCCGGAGCUAGCCGUGCAGCCCGUACUUCUCGCGAUGCACACCCUAUUCCUCGCCACAUCCCCACGCGUAUCUCGGUUCGGUCAUAUAGCACACCUCCGGAGGUAGACGCGGCACGCACGCACAAGGGAGAUGCGGUUGCUGAGUUGGAGAUGGAAGAUGAGCGGAUGACCGAUGCUGGGGCUGAACGGACUAUAGACGAAGACGCGCGGUCGAGUCCGAUGAAGGAGUACCAUGGCCUGGUCGACCGUGGCGUGCUCCGGCCGGACGACUACCAAGUGAAGAUCGUGCAGAAGCUGCAGGAUCUCCACGACCAGCUGGCGAACUAUGCGCCCACUUCUCGCAAGUCGCCGAGCAGCGAAGGAGGUCUCGGCUUGCUCUCUCGCUUCUUUCACAGCAGUGCACCAGCGCCGUCUCCUGCCAAACCUCCCCUCGGACUCUAUCUAUAUGGCGACGUCGGGACGGGCAAGACCAUGCUCAUGGACCUCUUCUUCAAGACAUUACCGCCCAACGUCAAGAAGAAGCGCCGAGUACACUUUCAUGCGUUCAUGAUCGAUGUGCACAAGCGUAUACACGCCAUGAAGAGACGACUAGGUCCGGAGGGAGGUGACUCGAUUGCACCUGUAGGAAGAGAGCUAGCGAAGGAUGCGAGCGUGCUCUGCUUUGACGAGUUCCAGGUUACCGAUAUCGCAGAUGCCAUGGUUCUCCGACGGCUACUGGAGACGCUCCUUGAUGAGGGCGUCGUGAUGGUCAUCACGUCCAAUCGACACCCGGAUCAGCUAUACCGCAAUGGCAUCAAUCGCGACUCGUUCAUCCCCGCGAUAGACCUAUUGAAGACCGCAUUCUCAGUAACGGACCUCGACAGCGGCACAGACUACCGUCGUAUCCCGCGUUCGCUCUCCAACGUCUACUACUCGCCGUUGGACGACAGCACACGGUCUGAAAUCCACAAGCUAUUCGAAGGUCUGACGAAGGAUCAGGAGAUUAUCGAAGGCCGCACACUCGACAUCUGGGGCCGUAAACUCAGCGUACCCAAGAGUAGUGAACACGUCGCCAUGUUUGACUUUGAUACCUUGUGCGGCAAACCAUUGAGUGCCGCAGACUACCUGGAGAUCACCAGAGCCUUCGGCACCGUCUUUCUGGUCGACGUGAAGAAGAUGGGUUUGGGCGAGAAGGAUAAAGCGCGGCGGUUCAUCACCUUCAUUGACGCAUGCUACGAGAGCAAGACCAAACUCUUCGUAUCAUCCGAAGUUCCCAUAUACCAGAUCUUCGCGGACGAUAAUGCUGGAAAGGGAGGCGUCUCAGACCACAUGCGCUCGGUCAUGGAUGACCUUGGUCUUUCUGCAGAUGUAGUGGGCGCAUCUUCCAUGUUCAGCGGUGAGGAAGAAAUAUUCGCCUUCGCGCGCUGUUGCUCUCGCUUGGUGCAGAUGGGCAGCAAGGAGUGGGCCGAGACGGCCGGCCAUGCUGGAUACUGA